UUCAAAUCAUGUGUUUCUGCAUUUGGCCUUUCUUCGAAAUUCUCCAUAACGCCAGUGAAUUAUUAUUUUGGGCAAAAUCGCGUGCUUUUGUGCAGUCUCAUAUUUACGCCCGACUCAACAAUCCGUUUCCUUUUUGUCCCUUUUCCGAAUAUGGCUCGCUCUGAAUGGAUAUGGCUGGAGCGCCUGCUCAUCCUUAAUUUAAUUUUGGUUCUGACUUUGAAUUUCACUUCAGCACAACUGCGGUAUUCUAUUCCUGAAGAGCUGAGAGUGGGUUCCGUUAUUGGGAAUAUCGCUAAAGAUUUCGGGCUGGAUCCCGGCGCUUUGGAAGCAAGAGGAUUUCGCAUUGUUUCUGGAUCCGCUGAACACCUGUUUCAACUCAACAAUAAUGGCAUUUUACAAGUUAACCGCAAAAUCGAUCGAGAAGAGGUAUGCGAACGGACCACCACUUGUAUUAUUAACUUAAAGACUGUGCUGGAAAAUCCAUUAGAGGUGCACAACGUCGUCAUUGAGGUCUUAGAUGUAAACGACCACCCCCCCAUCUUCUCUGACAAAGAGACGCUUUUAGAGAUAUCAGAAUCCGCUUUACCCGGGGCACGAUUUCAACUGCAAGCUGCGCGUGAUCCAGACAGCGGCGUGUUCUCUGUUCAACAGUAUAAACUUAGUCAAAAUGAACAUUUUCGUUUGGAGGUUAAAGAUAGAGGGGAAGAUGGUAAAAUUCCAGUUUUGUAUUUGCAUAAAUCGCUGGACAAAGAAUCUGCAAGGACUCACAGAUUAUUGCUCACAGCUGUUGAUGGAGGGAAGCCAACCAGAUCAGGCACAAUGACCAUCAUCGUGAAUGUUUUAGAUGUAAAUGACAAUAUGCCAGUAUUUUCCAAAGAAUCAUAUAGUGCAGUGCUGAAUGAAAAUGCUCCUAUUGGUACAACUGUCAUACAAGUAAAUGCCACAGAUUUAGAUGAUGGUAUAAAUGGGGAGGUGGUUUAUUCCUUUGGGAAUAAUGUAAAUCAGAAGUUACUUAAACUUUUCGAAGUUGAUGCUAACACAGGAGUGAUUACUGUCAAAGGACUCAUAGAUUUUGAAACUAAAGACAGAUAUGAACUUGAUAUAAAGGCUUCUGAUAAAGGGACGGUUCCACUAGCAACAGAAAAAAGUGUUAUAAUAACAAUUGUUGACUUGAAUGACAAUGCACCUGCGAUCGAGAUCACAUCCUUUUCGAGUGCAAUUCCCGAGGACUCCAAACCUGGAAGGACAGUAGCACUGAUAAGUGUGAGUGAUCAGGAUUCUGGUGUCAAUGGAAAGAUCAUCUGUUCUAUAAUUGAAGAUGUACCAUUUACAUUAACACCUUCUUUACAAGAAAAUAUGUACUCUGUAGUUACCAAAUCUCUGCUAGACAGAGAGAAUCAGUCCAAAUAUGAGGUGACAAUAGUUGCAAAAGAUUCUGCUGAUCAUCCUUUGUCAUCACAGACGACAAUAUCUGUUACAGUGUCAGACGUGAAUGAUAACAAUCCAGAUUUUUCAGCAAGUCCAUACACCUUUUAUGUGACGGAAAACAAUGCAGCAGGAGCCUCUGUUUUUUCUGUGAGUGCUUAUGAUCGUGAUGAGGGUGAUAAUGCCCGUAUAUCAUAUAAAAUUGUGAGAAAUGGUGAUAAACAUACAACACUGACUUCAUUUCUGAAUAUAAACUCUGAAAAUGGAGAAAUAUCAGCGCUGAAAAGUUUCGACUUUGAAACUCUGAAAACUUUCCAGUUCCAAGUUGUUGCCACAGAUUCUGGAUCUCCGUCACUCAGCAACAACGUCACAGUGAACGUGUUCAUUCUGGACCAGAACGAUAACGCUCCAGUCAUCCUGUAUCCAGUCAGCUCCAACGGUUCUGCUGAAGGUGUGGAGGAGAUUCCCCGCAACGUGAACGCAGGACACUUGGUGACUAAAGUCAGAGCCUAUGACGCUGAUAUAGGAUAUAACGGCUGGUUGCUGUUUUCACUGCAGGAAGUUAAGGACCACAGUCUGUUUGGUUUGGACCGCUACACAGGACAGAUCAGAACACUCCGCUCAUUCACAGAGACAGACGAGGCUGAACAGAAACUGGUCAUACUGGUCAAAGACAAUGGGAACGUUUCUCUCUCAGCAACAGCUACUGUGAUUGUCAAACUUGUGGAGCCCAAAGAAGCUUUUGCAGCUUCUGACGUUAAAAGUGCAACAAAACAUGAUGAAGAUAAUAAUGUGACCUUUUACCUGAUGAUCACUUUGGGAUCAGUUUCAGUUCUUUUUCUCAUCAGUAUUGUUGUGCUGAUUGCAAUGCAGUGCUCAAAGUCCCCCAACUAUACUUCUAAAUAUCUACAAGAGACUAACUAUGAUGGAACACUGUGUCACAGCAUCCAGUACAGAUCUGGAGACAAACGAUACAUGUUAGUUGGACCCAGAAUGAGUAUUGGAUCUACUAUAGUUCCUGGCAGCCAUGCAAAUACCUUAGUCCUACCUGACAGGAGGAGAGAAUCCGAGGGGGGUCACGGGGGUCAACUGGAGCCUUUCCCAGCUAAUUUUCAGACGAGAGGCAGGGGUCAUCCUGGACAGGUCGCCAGUCCAUCGCAGGGCCACAUAUAGAGACAGACAACCAGACACACUCAUGGGCAAUUUAGAAUCAUCAAUUAACCUAAUAUGCAUGUUUUUGGACUGUGGGAGGAAGCCGGAGUAAUCAGAUGGAACCCACGCAAGCACGGGGAGAACACCCCCGCCUGGCCAGGAGGUCGAACCAGGAACCUUUUUGCUGUGAGGCAACAGUGCUAACCACCAAGCCACCGUGCUGCCUCGGAACAGGGACAAUGUGUGUGAAAUAGUGAAAAAAAAAUGUAUAACUGCAUUCAUUAAUAUUAUUGUCAUUGGUAAUAUAAUAUAAUUAAUAUUGUUGUUUCUGUUAUUUUGUCACAAUAAUAAUUGUAAUAAUAAUAAUAACUGUAAUGUAAUGCUAUACUGUACACUGUAUUAUACAAUAAUAGCAUGUAAUACUUGUAGGUACUUUGUAAAAAAAAUAGCUAUUUCAAAGAGGAAAAAAAAUCCUGUCCAGGUAUUCUUUAUUCUGCUACUGCUGUCAGUAUUCCCAUUUGACAUGGAUUAAGGCUCCUGCAAAGUGUGUGAAGUGAUAAUUUGACUAUGUUGCUCCUCUAAUGCGAUUAGUUGGAAUCAUCUUCACAAUACCAUGAAGCCUAAUUUUCACAGGCAGCAGCCUGUAGGAUGAGCUGGAGUGCCACUCAACCGUAUAUCCCAGUUUUGUCUCCCUGCAUUUGAUUUUUUAUAUUAUUAUUAUUAUUAUUAUUAUUAUUAUUAUUAUUAUUAUUAUUAUUAUUAUUAUUAUUAUUAUUAUUAUUAUUAUUAUCCUAAACACUCACAGUUGCACCUACAAGAAGUGUAAAAUAAUUAUUUAACAAGCAGGUGUGUUCUUGGACUAAAAGCGCAUGUCAGUCUACAUAGAAAAACAAAACAAAUAUGCACAAGGAGCAUGCAAUAUCUUAUCAAACUCUACAGCCAGGAACCUUCAAACUGUGAAUGCUAACCACAGUGUGAAACAAUAUAGGAUACAGAGUACAUCAAAUACAACCUCUUUAACUAUGAGAAUGAAUUCAAUGACAAUGACAAAGAAAGGUGAAGGAAGGAUUUAUUUUAAACGAGCUCUAACAGUGAGCACUGCCUUUAAGUAGAGAAAAUUGUAGGUAAGGAGUUUAUGUUUUUCUUUACUUCUCUAUUUAUGUUGCACCAAAAAAACAUACAAAUCCCCAACCAACAUGACACAGAGAAAAGAAGAGUUAACUAAAAUGCUUACUAAUGCUGUAUCUAUUUUGUAAACAUUAAUUUACAUUCUGUGGUAACUAACUAUAUAAUAACUGAGCCUCAGAUUAUUGAACUGCACAUAGCAGGUCCCAUCCCUACCAAACUUUGUACCUGAUAAAGUUCAAAUGAUGUCCUUUUACAUAAAAUUGGCAAAGAGUACCUUCCUUUUCAGAUAACUCCAUGAUUAUACUUUAGUUUUGAUGCUUGUAAAAAUAAAAUAUGAUUCUUGCUAUUUUCAAAAAGCUGCAGCCUAAGCUUCAAUCAUUGAUUGACAUGUCAUUAUUUUAGAAAUUGUUAUAACUAUUCAUAAUAGAAAGUGGAGCAACUUCACAAAAUCAUUCGAGGCGGUUCAAACACGAGCUUCUCUGCAGGCCAGCACUCUAUUGAAUUAUUCAGUUUUUUUCUUCAAGAAAUGGUCCAUGUCCCAGUGCAGCAGGCUUGCACCUGCAAUGCACUUCACAUCCAGCACUGCUGCAGAUCCUAUACUGCAUGACUAAUAGAAAAAGUAAAAAUAGAUAUGACAUGAUACGCAUGCACAAUCUUCUUUGGCUAGGGAAAUAUAAAUGCAUAUAAACCAAGGUUAAAGAUCAUGUUUCUUUAUCUGUGUGUAAAAAAAAAAGGCAAUAAAUAAAAUAAGAUAAAGAAUUAUACGUGAGUACUAUUUCAAAUGUGCCAUAUAUCCAGUAUUAUCUUCAGCUGUAACUGCCAGACUCCUUUCAUUGUCUAUCUGUUUUGAUAUGCAUCAGCUGCACACGAAUUUGGAGGCAUUGUUAGAUACAGUGUAUCCACAUUUCCCUGAGGCAGUUGACAUUUUAAUAUCCGCAGGCAAAAUGAAGGUUUAGUAAGCAUGAAGGUUGUGAGAGUAGCUACAGCAGUGAUGCAAUUUCUGAUGUGUGAGUGUGCUAAUCUAAUAUAAGUUGUAUACCCUCGCCUGCCUCUGACAUCAGCAUGUCUGCAGAUGGUGAAAUUGAUUUAAAAAAAAAAAAAAAAAAGAAUGGGAGGAAAUGGCUCCCCCUUGUGGCAAUAAGUAUUUACUACUUCUUUAUGUGUGCUGGUUUGUGAGUACAUUCAAUGCAUUAUUUAGCAUGAUGCCACAUAGCUUUCCGGUUAUCUUAUCAUUGAGCCUCUCUGUCAAAUUGAUCCAUAAAUAGCAGGCCUCGUCCUAUUUUUCACUUCGCUGAUUUAAACCACACAGUUUAUACCCUCCUCCCCGGUAAAAUGUUUGUUUGACAAAUCUGGGUUAUCCAUGCCUCAGAAUAAAGUGAGAUUUAUUCUUAAUCCCCCAAAAAACCCUGUUUGUUUCAAUAUGAGCAUUGAGAGAAAGAGUGAAAAGGAGACAAUGACUGUAUAGGGAACAUUAGAGCCCAUCAUAUAACAUGUCUUAAGGAAAUAGGUAAAUAUGCAACAAUUAUUAAUAAUUCUACUAACAUGUGAAAUAUGUUUUGAGUCCUCAUUAGCUUGUAUGAUUAUAACGAAUAAAAAACUGAAUUUACAUGGCAUAACUAGCAAGUGCUCACAUGGUGAGGUUUUAUUGUGUAUAGGAUGCAGGGAGUGGCAGUGAGAGGGGCUGCGUACCGUUGUCAUGGAUACAGGAGGGGGGGUAUGGAAUCAAAUGGGUGCUCUGAAAGAAGCAUUUUAUCAGGCUGACACUGCCUUUGUUGCUAGGCACAGCAUUUAGCCAAUCAGAGUGUCCAUUACACUCACAUUGAUACUGGCCAUCCAAUCAGAUCUUGUUACCUUUGCUGUUACCAAACCUUACUGUACACUUUAUCUUAUUGAUAGCUGUGAUCCAUGAGCUAUUGCUCCAAAGUCAACUUUGAUUUUUUUUCUGUUGUCAUGAAUUUUAAGUUGUAUGAAAUAAAAGAAAAUACACUUUUUCAACAGUAAGAAUCAUUACAGUAAUCACACAAAAUCUUAUUUUGUCCUUGUCAUGUUUUGUAUCUCUUGUUUUCAAGCUUGUCUCACACAGCCACAUAUAAAGAAAGUAAACCUUGUCUGUUCCACAAGGACAAGUCUUGACAUAGAUACGCUAUUUUUAUUCAUUUUGUACAGUUGUCUUUAGGAAAAUGUAAAUGUUUUAAGUUGUAUUGUUCUAUCACCUCCAAAUAAGGGAGUGACAGCUGAGGAUACUGGCAACAAUAGCAAUAGCAUGCUGCUUCUACAUGUUUAUUUACAGUAGAGUAACUCAUUAUGUGAUUUUUAGGCUUUCUGCUAUCACAUUCCAAAUGAGUGAACAUCGUGUUCCACGUAUGCCUCUCAGGGGGCGUGCACUCGUGCAGGGGCAUGUGUGUGUGUGUUUGCGUCUGCAUGCAUGCUUGGGCAUGCUCCAUAUUGCUGUGUCCUGGUUUUCAUCUUGUUCCGGCUCAUGUAUCGACGGAACCGCCCCUGUCCUACUUACUCCAGAAACCGGUGGAGACAAGUGCAGAUUUGGCAAUGAAUGAUUAAGUUGUAGUGGGAUUAAA